GGGUAACGCGCGGCCAGCUAAAGUCUAAAGGUCACCUUCAGUCGGGCGAACGUGGCGCGGUGGUGACGGAUGUCUGUCAGAAGAGGAUCAGCAACAGAGGGACAUCGUCGUCAUCGCGAUUGUCAGUCAUAUUUCUCUGCGCACACUGAAGCCCGUUGUCGUUGCGUCGUCGUCGUCACGACGCCUGACACCUGCACGCGACUGUCAAUUGAUCGGUCAAAGUGCGUGGCUCGUCGACUCGCUUGGAAUCCAAAACCGCAUCGCAUUCGGGUGAUAUCAUCACCAAACUGACAAGUUCACGGAUUUUUCGGAAAAUUCUAGGCAAUCACUCGCUGUUUGAUCCUCUUUUAGAGUUAUAAGGAAUACUGCGAUAUAGUCAUGGCUGAAGACGCGCCAGCUCAGAAGUUUAUCAAACCUGGGAGUCACAAGGGCAAAGGCAUCGCCGUAUUCACUAGUGGAGGCGACUCUCAGGGAAUGAAUGCCGCUGUACGAGCAGUCGUAAGAAUGGGCAUUUACCUCGGGUGUAGGGUGUAUUUUAUCAGGGAAGGUUAUCAAGGCAUGGUGAAUGGCGGGAAAAACAUCGAGGAAGCUACAUGGUCAUCCGUAUCUUGCAUCAUUCACAGGGGUGGCACUGUAAUCGGCUCCGCCCGAUGCAAAGAAUUCAGGGAGCGUCCCGGUCGUCGGAAAGCCGCUAAGAACUUAGUUAAUCUGGGAAUCACUAAUUUGGUGGUGAUCGGUGGGGACGGCUCUCUCACGGGCGCCAAUCUCUUCAAGGAAGAAUGGCCCACACUUCUGAAGGAGCUCGUCGAAUCUGGUGAUAUAACUGCCGAACAGAGCGAGAAAUAUAAGCAACUACAUAUUGUCGGUCUAGUAGGUUCUAUUGAUAACGAUUUUUGCGGUACGGAUAUGACGAUCGGUACCGACUCCGCGUUGCACCGUAUCAUUGAGAGUAUCGAUGCUAUAGUCAGCACAGCUUACUCACAUCAAAGAACGUUUAUAAUGGAAGUCAUGGGUCGUCACUGCGGUUAUCUGGCUCUGGUGGCAGCUAUAUGUUGCGAGGCUGAUUAUGUUUUCAUCCCAGAAUGGCCACCCGAGCAGGAGUGGCCCAACAAGCUGUGCAAAAAAUUGUUGCAGGAAAGACUUACCGGUCAACGGCUUAAUAUUAUUAUCGUAGCCGAAGGAGCUGUCGAUAGAAAUGGUGAUCCGAUCACUGCUGAAAAAGUGCACAAAGUCGUCGUAGAGAAAUUGCAACAGGAUACGAGAAUCACUGUUCUGGGCCAUGUACAAAGAGGUGGCAAUCCUUCAGCCUUCGAUAGAGUUUUGGGAUGCCGGAUGGGAGCUGAAGCUGUGAUGGCUUUAAUGGAGGCAACACCCGAUACGGAAGCCUGUGUCGUCACAUUAGACGGUAAUCAAGCUGUGAGAUUACCACUUAUGGAAUGUGUUCGUCGUACGAAAGCCGUAGCGCAGGCUAUGACUGACAAAAAUUGGGACCUUGCUGUUCAGCUUCGAGGAAAGGGCUUCGCACGCAACUUAGAAACGUAUAAAAUGCUGACUCGUUUGAAAGCGCCACACCUGAUAGAUGGUGCUAACAGGGAAGUUAAUGGCCGCGGAUUACCGAAGCAAUACACUUUAUGUGGACAAGAUAACUAUACAUUGGCAGUCAUGCAUAUAGGAUCGCCGUCCUGCGGCAUGAACGCGGCAGUUCGUUCCUUCGUGAGGAAUUGUAUCUAUCGAGGCGACAAAGUAUAUGGUAUCUGUGAUGGAGUGCUAGGCUUAAUAGCUGGUAGAUUGAAAUUGAUGGACUGGCCGUCUGUUACCGGCUGGGUUUCAGAGGGUGGCGCAAAAUUGGGAACAAAGCGUGCACCACCCACGGAAGAUCAAUUAUCCCAAAUCGCUCAGAGGCUCAAAGAAUUUGGAAUACAAGCAUUGCUUAUCAUAGGUGGAUUCGAGGGUUAUCAGACCGGUCUCACAUUUUUCAAGGCGAGAGAUAAGUAUGAGGAGUUUAAAAUUCCUAUCGCCAUGAUUCCUGCGACUAUUAGCAACAAUGUGCCAGGCACGGAGUUUUCAUUGGGUUGUGAUACAGCUUUGAAUGAAAUUACAGAAAUCUGUGAUCGUAUUCGUCAAUCGGCGCAAGGCACUAAACGUCGCGUGUUCAUCAUCGAGACAAUGGGUGGUUUUUGUGGGUAUCUAGCGACCGUUGCUGGUUUAGCUGGUGGUGCUGACGCGGCGUAUAUUUAUGAGGAGAAAUUUAAUAUCAAGGAUUUGAAUCAAGAUGUUAUCGCGAUGGCGGCAAAGAUGUCAGAAGGCGUCGAAAGAGGUCUUAUCAUCAGAAACGAAAACGCUAAUGAAAAUUACAAUACAGAAUUUACAUUCAGACUUUUCAGCGAGGAAGGAAAAGGUUUAUUCAGUUGUAGAAGAAAUAUACUCGGUCACAUGCAACAAGGAGGCUCACCGACGCCUUUUGACCGUAACUUAGGUACAAAAAUGGGCUCUAAAGCAGUGGAAUGGUUUAGUGAUAAAUUGAGAAAAUGCACCAGCCCCGACGGCAAAACGUUCACUACGGCAGCGGACAGUGCGGUGAUGCUUGGUAUUGUCAGACGCCAGUAUAGAUAUACGCCAUUCACGGAACUUAUCGAAGUUACUGACUUUGAACAUCGCAUUCCGACGUAUCAAUGGUGGAUGAAGCUGCGUCCAUUGCUGAAGGUAUUGGCAAAGCAUGAAUCAACGUAUGAAGAGGAAGGUCUUUAUAUAACCGUUGAAGAGAUGGAUGAACAGAAGGAUCCGCCUCUCGUAUAAACUGUGAGAUUAAUCUCUUAAAGAGCACCACAGUAGAUAACAUAAUGUUGCUAAUCGUGUGAAUAGUAGCUGGUGCCGAUUAUUAAGUAUCUCAGUAUUGAUAUCUAUAUAUAUAUAUAAAUUAUAUAUAUAUAUAAAUUAUGUUAUGAUAAUUUUAUUCAUGCUCGACGAGAAACGAAUCUUACACAUGUGUAUUGAAUUACUGUAUCUGAAAAAUUUAAUUGCGUAUAUAUUAGUAAUCAUUAUUUAUUUCUCUAUGUGAAUUUUAAUAAUGUAUAUAAUUCGGGCAACUAGCAGAUGUCAUUAAGAAUAUAGAGGGGGGGGGGGAAUACAUUCUUUUAUUUUCUUUCGGAUGUCUUGUUCGUAUCUUGAGCGAGCUCAGGUAAGAAAUGGGUACAAAAGUAGUACCUGAAGCAUAAGAUUAUAAGUAAUAUCUUCAUAAUGUGUAUACCUAUCAGUGCAAUUUGCUGAUAAAAGCGAUAUCCUUUGUUGGCAAUGAAACACGAAAUAUGAUAUUGUUACAGUAUCUUAUAGUAAUGUUAAAUUCGCAUUGAUGUAUAGUAUUGAAAAAUUAGAAUCGGUAUAUGCGAAAUCUAGUGUAGUGAGAUGUACCAAGUUCAAGCGCUAAAAAAUAAUGAGGCAGAAAAUCAUUUUUAUGAAAUAUUGUAGAAACACAUGACUAAAUUGAAGACGUGCAAAACUUAUAUUUGAUAUGCUAUACUCUAAUCUAAAACACAAUUUUGCACAUAUAUUUAAUUAUCAUGGAUUCAGCAACAAGACAAUUCACGAAACGUUUAUUAGCGUCAUUAGCAAAUAAUGAUAUUAUUUGUGCAUUUUUGAUGCUUUGGACAUUACGGAUAUUUUGUAAGCUAAAGACUAACAGCCUCAAAUCUUAUUUUGAUAUUUAUUUGUUUAAUUCUUUAAUAAAACCAAGUUUAGCGGAACGCUUGAUUAUAAUUUCUCAGUUGUAGCACGGAUCGAGAAGUAAAUCAGAUUGAGAGAAAUUACAAGAGUUUCACAGAUUAAACAUUCUGAAUCGUAUUUGUGGUCUACUAAGGCAUAGGAUUAAAAAGUAAUGCGGUAUUUUGCGUCGGUGAAAGUAUUUAUCUUUCGGUUUAGCGUUACUCGAAGCUAUAAAAAGCUAUUGGAGAAUAUACCUGUCUACCUCAAAACAUAAUUUUGCAACGGUGAACGAACGACUCAUAGGAAAAAAAAUUGACCUGAGUCGGCGCGUUAGUUGCACAUAACAUUAAAAAAAAUUUUGCUAAAAUUUAAGGCUUGUGACCACAAAAAGUAUUUAGAUUUAAUUAUUUUUCUCUUACUCUAUCUAUCUAUCUGUCUUUCUCUCUCUAUCUCUUUCUCUCUCUAUACUUAUAUAUCUAACUUUCGAGGAAGUUCAAGUAUUAAUCUCAUAAUUGUUUUCGGCGUAUAAUAUAGUCGUGUUCCUACGAAGAUUUUAGAACCAGAUAAUUCUGGUAAAAUUAUGUCUUGUGCAAACUCUUACUCGUGUUCGUGUGAGUUCAUUUAAGUGUCAGAAUAAAAUUGCCGACUCGUGAUUUAAACGCGUAAGGAAUAUGUAUAAGGCAGAGAAAUUUUUGUGCGAUAGCGAUAUACUAUAAUUUUUUUCAAGUAGUUAACACACACUUAAGAAUUGUGGAGCGUUUAACAAUUUUCAUUCGAAUGCUAAUUAGCAUUCGCUAUGCUACGUUUAAGAUUGGCUUAAUAAGUAGUGAUUAAUGCAUGAAAAUGAGAAUGGUAAAAUUUCGAAAGUACAAUGUGCGCAUACAUUACGGUUUACUCAAAUUAAAGAGUAAAAUAUAUAUGUAUACAUAAAAAUUAUUCUACAAAUUGUUUGUUUUAAGUCGUUCCAAAGUAUAUGAUGUCUACUAGUAUACGAAAAUAGCUCUUGUUGAAAAGCAACAGGAAUAAUACUGCUAAUGGCACUUGUUUAACAAUCACA